AUGACCGAAACCGCUACCUUUGGCGCUGGAUGCUUCUGGGGCGUGGAGAAGUUCUUCCGGAAGGAGUUCGGCUCUGCCCUGGCGAGUACCGAGGUCGGCUACGCUGGCGGUGACAAGUCCAGCCCCACCUACCGUCAGGUUUGCGAUGGCGACACCGGCCACGCCGAAGUGGUGAAGCUCGAGUUCAAGAAGGACGCCGUGGACUACGCGAGCCUCGUCGAGUUCUUCUUUCGCAUUCAUGACGCCUCCACCGUCGAUCGCCAGGGCAACGAUGUGGGCACCCAGUACCGCUCGGUGAUCUUCUACCACACGCCCGAGCAGAAGAAGGUGGCAGAGGAGGUGAAGGACAAGGUGCAGAAGGAGCACUACCCGCGUACUCCAAUCGUCACUCAGAUCGUCCCGGUGGGCCAAUACUGGUCGGCCGAGGACUACCACCAGCUCUACCUGGAGAAGAACCCCAGCGGCUACUGCAACCACCGACUCCGCUGGUGA